ACCCUCACAGUGGAUGGCAUGGGGCAGUCAAUCGAGCGGAUGGACUAGACGUUGCAACGCCAACACCACGACAUGACGGCGUUCUUUCGCGGCAUCAACUACGUCCCGCCGCCCUUUGACAGCACCUUCCUCGGCCAAAACUAUGAAGGCGAGGACGAGGAGGAUAACUCCUAUGCUCCAUCCUCCUCCCCCGACGAGGCCGACUUUGAAGAUGCGGUCGACGGCGAUCCCAUGGACGUCGAGGACGACAAGGAUGACGACGAGGACGCCGAUGCUUAGACUUUUCCUUUCUCUUCUUCCUAUGAUUGUAUUUUUUAUUUUUUCCCAUUCCGUUGUAUUCCGCAUUUCCCUUUUUCAUGAAUAAAAGUUUACUUUUACAAUUCUAAAGUUUACUUUUUAUUCUUUUUGUUAAUGUCAAAAGGGGGAAGAUACUAAGGUUAUGCAUAAAUUAAGGGGGAAUUU